AUGUUAAAGCCUAGUGGAGCAUUAGCAAUUUGUAUUGACUAUCGGGAACUUUUUCAUUUAGGGAAAAUGUGUGAUGAAAUAUUUGGCAAUGUUUCUUUACCUCAUUCUGAGUCAGGACACAAUCAGGGAAGUUCUCAAGAAAUUCAUGCUCGAAUUGGGUAUGACUUAGGAGGAAUUUGUUUAGACCCUUUUGCUGGCACUGGCACCACUGGAGAAGUAAUUUUACAAUUUAAUAAAGAAUUGAAAACAGAGAAAGAGAGAGCAAAAUCGACUGAUUCCACCAAAUUUUUGAGCAACAACAAGCAUGAGUGGCAGUUUAUUCUAAUUGAACAGGGAUUUAAUCCCAAAGAAGAAGACGAAAAAGAAAAAAAUUGA